AUGAGACCAGCUGAGAAGGAGCCCAAGCUUGCACCUCCGCUAAAUUAUGGUCAAAACUCCUCUUCGGCUCGUAUCUUUUCUUCUGGCAAGUUGGCAUCGAAUUCCACUUCCCCAUACUCCAUUCCAGAGGAGAUCCGAGAAGCGGCAAGAAAGGUUGCCGAGUCGACACCCCAGAUUCCCAAGGGCGAUCAUAGUGAAGUCGCAGCAGCGAUAAAACAGAAAUACCGCUCCAACAACAAUGAUACCAAUGCGCCUGAGCCUCUUGAGCCCCCCGAUGGGAAGCUGGGUCAAUGGGCUACCAGCACCUCCAAUAUGUCUUCCAAAGUAUCAGAGCGCGACAGCGGCUAUUGGAUGGUGGAUAUGGCCAAACGAGGUCAAAGCCCGUUUGCACCCUCCGGAUAUAAAGUGUGGCGAAACGUCAAGGAUUAUGGCGCCAAGGGUGAUGGCAAAACCGAUGACACCGCAGCAAUCAACAAGGCAAUCUCUGACGGCGGCAGAUGUGGCCCAGACUGCGGCUCAAGCUCGUUAUAUCCCGCUACUGUCUACUUUCCGCCGGGCACCUAUCUCGUCAGCAGUUCCAUUAUUCAGUACUAUAAUACCGAGUUUCUUGGUGAUCCGAUCAAUGUUCCAACAAUCUUGGCUGCUUCAAGUUUCGUUGGAUUAGGCGUUAUGACUAGUGAUGUCUAUAUCAGUGAUGAUGAGAGCUGGAACACGGAUCCCACGGCAUAUAUAUGCGGUAUCCAUUGGCAGGUUGCCCAGGCCUCUUCCCUUGAAAAUAUUGAGUUUUAUAUGCUGUAUAACAGCGAGGUGCCCCAAAAUACCCAACAGGGAAUUUAUAUGGAGAAUGGCUCGGGAGGCUUCCUAGCAGAUCUCACGUUUGUGGGUGGUAAUUUCGGGGCUUAUUUCGGAAACCAGCAAUUUACAACAAGUCGUCUCGUAUUUGUAAACUGCAAAACUGCUGUCCAAGUACAUUGGGACUGGGCAUGGACGAUGCAUGAUUUCGUGAUUGAGAGUUGCGGCACGGGUUUGGUCAUCGUGGGUGGUGCAGGAGGACCUAUGAGCACUGGACAAGGUGUGGGAUCUCUUAUAUUGGUCGAUAGCAUCAUUGCCAAUACCGGAGAAGCCAUCGUUACUUCCCUCGUGGCAGAAAACUCGACGUCCUUUUUACUCCAAAACGUUGGCUUUUUCAACGUCCAGACCGCAAUCAAGGACAGUUUUAAGAAUAAUGCAGUUCUUUUACCUGGCGGCAACGAAGUUAUUGUCGAGAGCUGGGGUUUUGGUAAGAUUAGCAACGCUACUACAAACGCCGACGGCAACGUUGUAGGCCGCGAAUCUUUUAUUCACGGAGGCGAGAUCCCGGCAAUGGCCCGAAGCGAGGUUCUUUUGGGCGGCCAAAAGGACAAGAUGGGUAGAGACAUCUUCACUAGGCGUCGUCCAAAAUAUUACGAUGUCCCGCAGCAGAGGAUCAUGGAUGUCAUGGCAUUGGGCGCGAAAGGCGAUGGCAAGACCGAUGACACACCCGUUCUCAACGCCAUUUUAGAUGGCGCAGCAAACACAUCAUCCAUCGUCUAUUUCCCUCACGGCGUGUACAUUAUCAAGGACACCCUCCGAGUUCCUGUCGGCUCCCGGAUCAUUGGUCAAGCUUGGCCCCAGAUUAUGAUGAGUGGAGACCCGAAUUUCUUGAACGAGGAAAAACCUCAAGUUGGUAUUCAGGUCGGGAGACCGGGAGAACAGGGCAUCGUAGAGAUUCAAGGCAUGAUGUUCAGUCAGUCAGGAGCAACUGCCGGGCUGAUCAUGAUGGAGUGGAAUGUGAAAGAUUCGACCCAAGGGUCCGCUGGCAUGUGGGACUCCCAUUUCCGAGUCGGUGGAGCGAUAGGGACCAAGAUGCUUCUGGAAGACUGCCCUAAGAAGACUGGCAGUAUCAACCCCAGGUGCAAGGGAGCGAGUCUCAUGAUGCACCUUACUCCAGAAUCAUCGGCAUAUCUCGAAAACAUCUGGAUCUGGGUCGCUGAUCACGACUUGGACAAAAAAAGCCAGGAUCAGAUCGACGUAUUCGUCGGCCGUGGCCUAUUGGUUGAGAGUACUCAUGCCUGGCUUUGGGGAACAUCCGUGGAACAUGCGACCGAAUCGCCGUAUUUCCAGCCUGUACCACCCGCUCCACAGCCCUUCAAGACAGGCCUCUUCCCCAAUGACCCUACAUUCGCCAGCUGCGCAAACAAUAACGAGAAAGGCUGUGCCACCUCAUGGGCUGUGAGAAUUGUUGAUUCGUCAGCCAUAUACAUGCUUGGUGCGGGUAUCUAUAGCUGGUUCUAUGACUAUAGCAAAACCUGCGAAGAUACUCGUAACUGCCAGCAGCGUGCAUUCGAAGUCGAGCAAAGCUCGGAUAUUUGGAUAUACAAUCUUUGCACUUUUGCCAUUGUCGAAAUGAUAUCCCCUCUAGGAUCUGUAGCUACAAAGGCGGCAGAUAAUGUGAAUGGGUUCCUUUCGUCUAUCUUGGCCUGGCUUCAAGGGGCCGGGAGAACCAGCGGCGAGCGGGAAUUUGAAGGAUUCCAAGUUUACGACGCCGCAGAUGUUGGUGAAAUGCGGAACAAGUUUCCAGAGAUUUGCAACACUGCCCUCACUCAACGAAUAGACUGCGAGUCGACAGUGGAAGGCUUUGCCAAGGUUUCGCAUCAUGGGACCCUUGGGAACGACACUCUUACAGACUUGGUCUGCCAAACUGGCUGUGGGAAAAGCCUCAAGUCAUGGUAUGACAAUGUGGAAAGUUCCUGCAGCGGAUACAAGCUGGACAAUGGUGCGUUGCCAGUGCUGCUUGGUGCACGAAUGUAUGCGGGCUACAACGAGACAUGCUUAAAGGACGAGAGCACUGGAAGAUACUGCAACGAUAUCAUUUCCGAGUUCACCGUUGUUCACAACUACACGGCCAUGCCAGAGAGGAUCAACUACAACCCAACCUCAGGCGAUCCCAGAGCCCCAGAAAUCGGUAUUAUGCCUUUCUGA